AUGAGCGACCUUGACCAGGCGAUCGCGCAGCUACGCGCCUGUCGAUUGAUACCCGAGACGCAAGUGCGAGAGCUCUGCUACAAGGCGCGAGAAUUGUUGAUAGAAGAGGGAAAUGUUGUCAGCGUGGACGCCCCAGUCACCAUCUGCGGAGACAUCCAUGGGCAGUUCCACGAUCUCAUGGAACUCUUCCGCGUCGGCGGAGACGUCCCCGACACCAACUACUUAUUCAUGGGUGACUUCGUCGAUCGCGGCUUUUAUUCCCUAGAAUCCUUCCUCCUCCUUCUUUGCCUCAAAGUGCGCUACCCGGAUCGCAUGACCCUGAUUCGAGGAAACCACGAAUCCCGCCAGAUCACAACAGUUUACGGCUUCUACGACGAGUGUAUCCGCAAGUAUGGCAGCGCCAAUGUAUGGCGGUACUGCUGUGAGGUGUUCGAUUAUCUGGCGCUCGGUGCUCUCGUCCUUGGCGCGAGUUCGGAACUGGAGCCUUCGGGCCCCAUGGUGGACUCGACUCAAUCGACCAUGCCCCUCGACGACGGGGAGCUGGAGACCGAGGUGUUGAACUCGAAGGGGGAGGUUACAAUGAGCACCUAUCGGCAGAGACAGCGCGCAUCGUCCGACGCGUCCACAGAUUCCAGGAAUAUUUCGCCCCCAAGAGAUAUCUCGGCCGCCCCUGGCCAAGCACCGCUCCGAGCCGGGGCCCCCGGUACCGGCGCGUCCGGGGAUGGCGCUGGCAGCCUGUCCAACAAAACAGGUGCCGUCCUGUGUGUGCACGGCGGGCUCUCGCCGCUCAUCGACACGGUCGACAAGAUCCGUCUGAUCGACCGAAAGCAGGAGGUACCCCACGAAGGCGCCAUGUGCGAUUUGUUAUGGUCCGACCCCGAUGAAAUCGACGGCUGGGGACUGAGUCCGCGUGGUGCCGGAUUCUUGUUUGGCGGGGACAUCGUGAAACAAUUUAACUACAAGAACGAUCUGUCGCUGGUUGCGCGUGCUCACCAGCUCGUGAUGGAGGGGUACAAGGAAAUGUUCGACGGUGGGAUCGUCACCGUCUGGUCCGCCCCGAACUACUGCUACCGCUGCGGAAACGUCGCCGCGAUCCUGGAACUCGGCGAGGACACCAGCAGCGGCGGCACCGUCACCAGAAGCAACGGAGACUACGGCCGAAGCAACGGCGUUUUGACGACCGAGAAGCUCGGCAUGAGAAGCCCCGGAAGAAGAUACAGGGUCUUUGAGGCCGCCGCGCAGGACACUAGAGGCAUGCCGGCGAAGAAACCCGUUGCUGAUUAUUUCCUGUGA